AAAUAAAACAUAUUUUGGGUAAAGAAUCGUGUGUUUGUUUGGAUCAGAAAGGUGAAAAGGGUGAAAAGAAAGAAAUACAUUAUUGAUAGGCGAUCGGGCUCUGAAAUACUGAGUCAGAGAAACGGAGAUAGAAAGGUAGACCAAGAAAAAGAGAGAAAGAAACUAAUUAGAAAGACACAAACAAAACAGAAAGAACACAAAAAAACAGUCAAAUCAAGCCGCAGACAAAAUAAAAUAUUAAAAAAAAAAAAACGAGAGAAGACGGAAGUUAUUAAGAACGAAAGAGCAAAUGGCAGGAACAGCAAAACGUUUCUCAGUGAGGCCCCAAACCGUGACUGUGGUCGUCCGAAACCUCCCUCCGGCCACGACCUCGGACCAACUGCGUUCGAUCUGCAACGACUUCGGCGAGGUCGUGGAGGUCGAGAUCCCGCAAAAAGCCGGGAAUUUUCUGCACUUCAUUUAUGGGUUUGUCCGGUACAGCAGCCUAGAAGUGGCUCUGAACGCCGUGCUGAAACUGAACACACUAGUGGUUCAAGGGAGACAGCUGAAUGCAGAGGUAGCGAGAAAGCACUGGCGCAACACCAAUGAUAAAACAG